UGAACUUGAGCGUGUCACUCAUGAGCGCGCAGAGUACAGGGAUCACAUUGACCGACUGGAGGCAAAGCUGGCUGAGUCUCGGGACCGACUGAAGGACUACGUACGAAAGGUGGAGCUCAUUGAGGAGCUGAAGAAUGAGCUGAUCAACAAGCAAAACUCCAUUGAUACGCUUAAAUCGAAGUUUGACCAGAUCAACAGCAUCAACCGAGACCUGGUAGGCGACAUUGACUCGAGCAAGCACAAGGAGGGCGAACUGCUGGAGUACACCGAACGACUGACUGCCAAGCUGGUCUCCCUCCAGUCAGAGCACAACAUUCUUACGGAAAAGCUAAAGUGCACCGAAGCACAGUGCCAGCAGCUGAAGGAGGACCACGCCAAAGUCAGCGGCUCCGAGGAGAGGAUAAAGUCUGAGUUUGAGGGUUAUCGAGCCGAUCAGGAGGCUCAAAUGGGCCGCCUGAAGCAGUCACUCGAGGAGAAGGUCACCGAAACGGAGGAGCUAAAGCGAAAGGUGGACGAACUGGAGAAUGACAUAAAGAUCAUCAAGCGCAAGCACAUUACCAGUCUGAAGGAGCUGAACAAGGAGAUUACGGUGCUGAAGCGGGCACGCGAUGAGGUGCCCAAGGUAAAGGUGGUCGCCAAUCAAAAUCAUACGGACGCCGGCUCGUCGACACUGUCCUCCCGAACAAACUCCUUCAACUCACUCUCCGGUGAGCUGAGUCCUAGCAACUGUGAUAGCAGCAGUCCGGCUGCAGGUGGGGGAGGACAUGAUCACCAGCAGCAGCACAAGCACCAGAAUGGUCGACUGGAGGCUGGUGCAGCUGGUCCGACCAGCCAUGCACUACCUUCAUCACCCUCUGCAGUGUCAUCCCAUCAUCAUGCUGUGAGCAAUACGACCUCCCUCUCCGACAGUACCACCUCGUCCUCGUCCUCUGCCGGCGAUCAGCUGAUCACCACUCUGGCGGACAUUGACAAAAACUCACUUAUUGAGCGAAUCCUCCGCCAGCAGCGAACGCUGAUCAAGCGCAAUGAGCGCAUCGAGUUUCUCGAGGAGCACAAUGAACAGCUGACGGAGGAGGUGAGGAAGAAGCGAAAGCUGCUGCAGUACUACAUUCUCAAGGAGGAGGCGGGGGCGUUGGCCACUGAGACCAUGGACAAGAAUAAGGCGUACCUUUCGAAGCGCGGUGGUGGCAUUAUGGCCUCGCUGUACAACUCCUCAUCCACCGAUGACACCAUGACGCUGGAGCGGUCGCUGGAGAUCAACAGCAAACUGCACGCCGUCCUCGAGGACACUCUUCUGAAGAACAUGACCUUGAAGGAAAACCUGAACACUCUUGCGGGUGAAAUUGAUCGUCUUUCAAAGAGCAAGAAGUGA